UUCCCGCCGCGCUUCGCGGCCCGCGCAGCCCGGACAUGGAGGCGGCGGCUCCCGAGGGCGCCGAGCCGGGCAGCGGCGGCGGCAGCGGCGCCGAGGAGCCCGUGGUGUCCCUCGCGGAGGUGCUGGCGGAGAACGAGGAGCUGGAGAAGGAAGCGCGGGCCGUGCUAGGGGGCAGCGACCACGAGCGCUGCAGCUACUCACAGGGCGCGGUGAAGCGGCAGGCGCUGUACGCCUGCAGCACCUGCACGCCGCCCGGCGCGGAGCCGGCGGGGAUCUGCCUGGCCUGCAGCUACGAGUGCCACGGCACGCACCGGCUCUUCGAGCUGUACACGAAGAGGAAUUUCCGCUGUGACUGUGGGAAUAGCAAGUUCAAGAAUCUGCAGUGCAAAUUACUCCCGGAAAAGGGCAAGGUGAAUGCAGGAAAUAAAUAUAAUGACAAUUUCUACGGAUUAUACUGUACUUGUAAAAGACCUUAUCCUGAUCCUGAAGAUGAGAUUCCAGAUGAGAUGAUCCAAUGCAUAGUUUGUGAAGACUGGUUCCAUGGAAGGCAUCUUGGUGCAGUUCCCCCUGAAAGUGGAGACUUCCAUGAAAUGGUGUGCCAGGCCUGCAUGAAGCAUUGCCAUUUCCUAUGGGCUUAUGCAUCGCAAUUAGCAGUUCCUCCUUUGACCAAAGUGAACUCUCUUGAAGAUGAAGGGAUUGUCCUGAAGAUUGAGGAAAGUGAAGAGCAGAAAAAAGAAAUAAAAAAAGAAAGUGGAGUGGAACACCAAGACACAAAGGAGGAAAAGCAAACGGAACAGUUUAAUGAACCAUCCACCAGCUCUGGGUCUGCCUGUCCUGAGGUAGUUACUAAGAGUAAGGAACCAGUCUGCAAGCUGAAGGAGCUCCAAAGCAAGCCAUUCUUGAAAAAAGAUACUGCUACCUUUUGGCCAUCGAACUGGAGGAGCAAAUUAUGCACCUGUGAAGACUGUUUGAAAAUGUAUUCAGACCUUGAAGUCCAGUUCCUGACAGACGAAUGUGACACUGUCUUGGCUUACGAAAAUAAAGGUACCAGUGACCAAGAGACGGAGAGAAGAGAUCCUUUAAUGGACACCCUUAACAGCAUGAACAGAGUUCAGCAAGUGGAACUCAUCUGUGAAUACAAUGAUUUAAAGACGGAACUGACAGACUAUCUCAGGAGGUUUGCAGAUGAGGGAACGGUGGUUAAAAGAGAAGACAUUCAGCACUUCUUUGAAGAAUUUCAGUCACGGAAAAGGCGACGGACUAACAGGAUGCAGUACUACUGUAGUUAGACUGAGAGGGUUUGGGUCUGAAAGGACCACUGGGGAAACAAUAUUCACUGGCAAACAGAAGAGGCAUCUUCAGUAUCUCAGUAUAUCAGCUUCUCAUCAAAAUCCAGCUGUCCAAGAAACAUCUUCAUUUUGUCUCCUACUUUAUUUGUAGCAACUAAAACAUGUUCUUAAAAGGUUCUUACCAUUGCAGUUAGAGGGAUUUUGGUACCGAUCAACUUUGCAUUCCCCCAAAAGCCAGCUUUGUCUCCAGGGAGAGUUGGCUUGUUACCAGAACAGUGUGUCACUGUUUGUUCCCUGUAGCCUUUCACCCUUUAGCCUCCUGUCAGUGCCUAGAGCUGUAGGCUGUGCUAAACCCACCUGGGCUCUGCCUGCCCUGCCCUCCCCUCUCUGCAGUGCAGGGAACGAGCUCCUUGCUUUCCUGCUGUAAAUGGCUCUGUCUCGCCCUUUGGGGUGCAACAAUUCUGGCCAGGGCUUCCUGCACGCAGGAGGUGUCUGUUCCUGUGCAGGGCUCGUGGCUCCUCAGUGGCUGGAGCGGGCACAGUUGUGGCUGUGGGUGACCCACGGGUCCCUCCAGGGCAGCCAAAUCACGUGUCACUGCUGCCUGCUCGCUCACUGCUGGGGAAGCGCUCCCUGGGCAGGUCAGAAAUGGGGAAGCAGAGGUUAGGCUUGAUGCAACAGAAUGUUCUGUCUGGUUUUAUACAUUAAAAAACCUGUUUCUAAUAUUGUACAGUGAUAUUUUACAUGAAAAAAAUUGUCACACGAUCUCAAUUCACUUAUUAGAAUAUAAACAAUAUCUAGGAGGAGGUACUGAAUUACAAACUAAGCAUGGGGGGUUUGUUAUAGGACUUGUAAUGUGCUUUGAUUUCAAAAACUAGCCUACAGCAAAUUAUUCUACUUCAUAAAUGUUGCUGAAAACCCUGAAGCAUCCUGGUAUUUUGCUACAGUAUGAAACAUGAUCUUUUUAUAACCACUGUGAUAAGCAUGGGAGAUGUUUCACUGACUUUUAAGACUCUACACUUAGCUGCAAUUAAGAAUUGACUUUUUGUAAUUUUUGGAGCCUAAUGUAGUUUUUAGUUUUCUUUAUCCUCAGCCCCCAAAACAUACAUUAAAGUUCUAGUUUUUGAGGAUUUCUAUACCGUGGGGUACUAUUCUGCUUCUGUGUUAAUGAUUUUUGAGAACAAAGACCUUUAUCAUUCUCACUA